AUGUUACGACAAAGUCUCGGCUGCCUACAUAUUCUGACUCUGAUUGGUCUUGGCUGGACCCUGAACGAUUUUGGCUCCUUUCUAUGUAAAGAGGUCGGUGUUGCCCGUUUGCUACUUUACUUGUCUCGCGCCUUCCACGAUCACAGUUUCCCCAGCUUCAGUUUCUCACCAUCGUCAACACCAGAUCAGAGCUGUUAUUCCCAUAAACAGAAUUUUGAGCGGAUACGCGCACACUGGGAGACGGCGCAGCCCGGUGACGCACAUGCGGACAGUAUGGUAGGUAGACGAGAAAAGCAAGCGGUGCAGCAGCCGGAGAGCAACGAAUUGCAAGAGAAUGGCCCAAGCAAGUUCCGCAGGAAGCUCAGUUAUGGUCUUGCGUUCAUCUCCAAUCCUCUCUCGCAGCGAAAGACCACUCCAGGACGGCAUUCGUUGAGAGUGCCAUCAUUGGCUGUUACCGAUACCGAAGCUGAUACAGGUGAUGCGGCCAGUACAAGGGAAGCCGUUGACGAAUGCGACACUUCGUUUUCGUCAACAGUCGUCACUAGGCCAAAUGUUUGCUCUGACGAUACGCCAACGAAGCCCACAAGACUUGUGAACAACGCCCACACUACGAACAGCGCAACCAACGACACAACACCUCGGGUGGUCCCACGAUCGCGAACCUUCAGCUUUAUACCGCGCCCUGUAUCAAUUCAGGCCCUAGCCACGACCAGCGUAGAUAUGAACACGAGCAUCAAUUCGGUGAUAUCUUUGUCCACAGCAGACCCAAAAUCCAACGCUUCGCCAUCGAAGAUCCCUACUCCAAGUCCACCGCUCUCUGAAAACCGCGGGUCAAGCCCACGUCAGCAUCUGUCGGCCCAAACGUCAUCACAGCUCAAAUAUGUCGCGUCCACUCAACUCUCCGAGGCAAGGUCCACUGGCACCAUCACAAAGACUGCGAUGCGGUCACAUACGACGCCGAAAUUGGUAAAUGUCACCAAUUCACAACAGCCAACCGGCGUCACAGUGCCGAGGAAGUCUGCGCUUAAGAAAGUUGCUGUACCUCCUGUAGUUGAGAAGCCCCUUCUGCAGGAGAAUUUCUCUGACAGUCGGCGUAUUACUCAAAGACGAUCUCAUAUCCGAGAAAACCCUUCGGGACGCGAGUCUCUAGCAGUGAUCGGAAACACACCAAAGAGAAAGUCGUUCGGGCCUGCUGCGUCCGCGCAGAGCUCUCAACUUGACUACACUACGCCGCCAGCGGACAGAAAUCGUUCGAGCAUGUAUUCUGCACUGCAGACUCCGAUGACCGCCAGAAGAUUCCAGCCGAGACUGCAUGUGAACAGGCCAGCAUCAGACGUGGUUCAGGUAACUGGCAACGGCAUGUUUUCGCAACCACGUCUCAUGGGUCCCAAAGAUCCGCCCACGCCAACACCGAGCAUUGACUUCAUGCAACCCGGAAUCCAAGAUAAAACCGUUCGUAAUGACUUGCAGAGAAAGACCUUGGGUACCCCAAACGGGUUGGCUGGUGUUUGGCGGUCAUCACGCGCUUUGGCUGCCACAAACCAUGAGGUGAGAAAGCUUCCCCGUUCCUUUACUUUUCAUAGUUUUGGACGGAAGGAAGCUCCUCCACCAUUACCUUCUAUCCCUGAGCAGAAUCGACCAGAAUCGUUGGCACACAUCACCAAGUAUCAACACUCACACCUGGAGCUGGACACAACAAAGCCGCGGCCUGAAGACAACAUGCAGGGAGGAGAUUCUAGUGCUUCGACAAUAAGGGGUUUGAACGACGACAAGUACCGCUUCAGUGCAAAAUCUACGGCCACCCGAAACAAUGUAGCUGAGACCCCUGCAACGGAGUGCUCAGAUACCAGUAGUGUCUUUGUAGCGCCAUCGCGACCACCGCCACCACCACCACCGCCCGAUACACCGGUCGGCCGGCGAUCUUUAUCAUUACACGACUUGGAAAGCCAUUCUCCAGGUGGUUCUAGACGUCGGCCUUGGCCUAUAUCUUUUCAAUCCGAUUCAGACAAUGCUGACAUUGAUUCAAUCCUGCAGGUCAAAGAUUACAUGCCUCCUCUCUAUUGGGCUGGACGAUUCCAGUCACGAUUCGAUCAUUGGCGCACUGAAGCAAUGCUCGGGCAUCUCAACCCUGAUCACGUUCGGACGGGGCCCAUGGAUGGGUGUAAUCUUGACCAGGAGAAGCUGGCAUCGUGCUAUAUAUUUGGUCAACUGCGUGAUCUCUGUACGACCAAUCAAGCAGCAGACAGUCUGUGGGAAUUCGAGUACAGGUAUAGGAAAGAUAAUAAGCUGCUCGGCAAUCCACUCGAGUUCCCAGCAAUGUUACCGUACCGUAAGCAAGACGACAAGGCGCCCACCCAUCAAGGAGCCUUCGGAAGAGCUGUUAGGAAGCUGACGCCACGGAAGUCUAGCCUAGUCAACUUGCGCAAUCUGCUCAAAGGGAAGGGGAAGGGAGAGGAAGAGGGCGCUGGUAUCUUGUCCGAAGGAGAGGUGGACACAUCAUCUGGCGAUUCCUAA